GUUUGCAACCCAUUUGAAAUGCCGUGAAUAUGAUCAGCGGAGGUCUGCAGCGCCGUAACGUGGACCUGGACUUCUAUCUGCGCCGAAUUUUCCAGAAGAACUCUUUCCGGCCACUGCAACGGGAUGUGAUCACGGCCGCGGUUGAGGGUCACGAUGUAUUCUUACAGGCUAAUACCUCGUUCGGAAAGAGCUUGUGCUUCCAGCUCCCGGCCGUAAUCAGUCAUGGAGUGACUGUUGUAAUUUGUCCACUGCUGGCGCUUAUGAUGGACCAGGUCAAGGCACUACAAGCCAUCGGAGUCGCGGUAGCCACAAUCAACUCGCAGACCCCGAUAUCCGAGAGACGAGCCAUCCUGGAGGAUCUUCUGUCCGGCCAUCCCAGGACCCGGCUCCUGUACGUGACCCCGGAGCUCUGCCAGACGGAGACCUUCCGGCGGAACCUGCAGACCAUCCACUCUCAGGGGGAGCUGAUCCGGAUUGCGAUCGACGAAGCCCACUGUAUCAGCGAAUGGGGCCAUGACUUCAGGCCAGCCUACAAGGAGCUGGGUUGGUUCCGGCGUGCUCUGACCAACCCGCCCGUCCCGAUCAGUGCGCUGACAGCGACAGCCACCCCGCGUGUCCGCGCAGACAUCAUCAAGCUCCUGGGCUUAGAUCCCCUCCGGCUGAGGAGCUUCAACACCCCCUCCGCCCGACCAAACAUCCACUACGAGGUCCGAUAUCUGGACGACUUUGCAAGCGAUCCCACCGAGCCUGAAGAGUUCCAAAUAAGAGACUUCGUGGCCUGGCUCCGGUCCGUGCAGACCCGCAGGGAGGCGCGACUGGGCGCCGAGGACGCCGCGAAGCUACCCCCCGUCUCCGGAAUCAUCUAUGUGCCCCUCAGAGCCAUCUCGGAGAAGCUCGCCAGCGCCCUCUCACGAGUCUGGGAGGGCCGCAUCCACGCCGUAGCAUACCACGCAGGCCUCUCACCAGAGGAGCGAACCCGCAUCCAAACCGAAUGGACAUCCACCAAACCCACACCCCAAUCACGCAACAUCAACACCAACCACCACAAUAAAGCCGAGACCCCUCCAACCCAACCAGCCUUCUACAUCAUCGUCGCAACCACCGCCUUCGGCAUGGGAAUCGACAGCCCGCACGUCCGCUUCGUCAUCCACUGGAGCCCACCGCGCAGCUUCGAAGGCUUCGUGCAAGAAUCCGGACGCGCUGGGCGCGACGGCCGCGCUGCCGCCUCGAUCGUAUAUUACAACACGCAGGAACGAGACCGCAUCCUCGACCGCCUACAACGCGACGUCGAGAACGCCCGCAACCGCAGCGGCGGCGGCAGCAACAACCACAGCAACAACCAUACCGGCAGCAGCAACCGCAACAACGCAACAGUCCAAAACCAAUUCGCGCGACUAGCCAGCUUUCAGAAGGUAAUCGGCUACUGCGAAACCGCGACACGGUGUAGACACGAGAUGAUCAAGGAGUUCUUCGGCGACCUUGAGCUCGAGAGGAUGGGUUCGCAGGCCGCGACAUCGACGCAGGUGAACGCCGCUUCGCCCUGCGAUUUUGCAUGUGACUUCUGUAAAGAGGGGUCGCAGGGGGUUGCGAAGCGGAAGGCGAGGAUGGCGCCGGAGAGUCACGCUGAGGACUUUGUCGAUAUGCAUGUCCCCUGGUACAUGCAGAAGAUGUUUCCCGAGAUGUUUCCGGGGUAUCGGGAUUUUGGCGAUCUUUGAAUUGUAACUGCACCGUAGCAGUUCGAUUGAUUAUCGGGGACGUCCUCCUGGCUUGAUGGCUGUCUUGUCCACCCUACUUCAGCUGUUCUAUGGAACAUUGUACAAACACGACUUUUUGCUAUGAAUCUGGUCAUUCUUGUCAUGACUGUCCACCCGCUCAUCAAUUAUGAGUCGCUCCUCAUGCUCUCAUCAUUGCGUCUCAUGUACCGAUUAAGCAAAGCAAAUCAGGAUGGACAAUGAGUCUACUGCAACCUUUGACCCCGGAAUCUCAGGAAUUAUUCAGGACACAUGUCGUGCAGGCCUACAGCUCCAUGCUAUCGAG